GACAAGGUGAGGGAGAGAGAGAGAGAGAGAGAGAGAGCGAGACAGCAUGGGAGGGAGGAAGUCCACAUUUCAGGACUUCUCAUGAAGCACAUCUGACUCCUGAUGAGAGGAGAAGGCAGUAGCGAGGGGGGAAGAGGACGAGUUAGCGUGCUUCUAUGCAAGUGGCGUGAGGAGACCCUUCUCUCUGUGGGUCAGCCGCCUUAAAAUGAAGAGCCAAAUCACCAACGCCCUCUCUGACUUCUUCUUCGAGUAUGAGACCCCACGCCAGGUGCUGGUCAGGAACAGGCGGGUCGGGGUGGUGUGCCGCCUCAUCCAGCUGGGCGUCUUGGCUUACAUCAUCGGGUGGGUGUUCAUCUACGAGAAAGGCUACCAGUCUACGGACACGGCCGUCAGCUCCGUCUUUACCAAAAUGAAAGGGGUGGGCUACACCAACGUGACUGGGGAGGAGCGAGUGUGGGACGUGGCCGACUACGUCUUCCCGCCGCAGGGAGACUCAUCCUUUGUGGUCAUGACUAACUACAUUAUAACCGAAGGUCAGAGGAUGGGAACGUGUCCGGAGCUUCCAGGCAAGCACAACUGCAGCUCAGACGCGGACUGUGAAGGAGGGAGUUUCAAACGUACGGGACAUGGGCAUAUGACCGGCGUGUGUGUCAAUGCCACAAAGACCUGUGAGGUUCUGGCUUGGUGCCCCGUUGAGAAUGACCACAGCAUACCAGACCCUCCCCUGUUGAUGUCUGCCGAGAACUACACACUCUUCAUCAAGAACUCUGUAACUUUCCCCAUAUUUGGCGUAACAAGGAGUAACCUGGUGGAGGGCAUCGACGCUGCAUACAUCAGCAAGUGUCUUCAUCAUUCAAAGGAGGCUCCACUGUGUCCCAUUUUCAGACUGGGAGACAUUGUCAAAGAGUCUGGCUUCAAUUUCGAAACCAUCGCCAAAGUGGGAGGGGCAAUUGGCAUCGUGGUUGACUGGACAUGCAACUUUGACGUGGACGUCAAACACUGUAAACCCACGUACAACUUCCAUGGGCUGUACGGAAACCCUGCGGAGACCGACAAGGCCAGAGCAUCGGUUGGCUACAACUUUCGGUAUGCGAAACAUUAUAUGGAGGACAAGGUACAGAAAAGAACCCUCCUCAAAGUGUUUGGCAUCAGGGUAGAUAUCAUCGUGCAGUCACUGGCAAGAAAAUUUGACAUCAUCCCAACACUGACAGCAAUCGGCUCGGGAGUGGGCAUUUUUGGAGUGGCGACUGUGGUCUGCGACUUGGUGCUGCUGUAUUUGCUCCCGAAAAGAGAAUUUUACAAGAACAUGAAAUUCAAAUACACAGAUACACACGCACAGGAUCCUGACUCAGAGGCGGGCAGCACAGAGACGGAUGUAUCAAAAAAGUGAGCACGGUAGGGGAACUACCACCGCACUGGCUGUCUUAUCUUACGUGAUGGACUGGUGGAAUCUUCCAAAAGACGCAACAGAUCAACACAAAGGACUGAAAAAAAUACCGCACAAUGUCUUCUACCUGAGGCGUCAUCUUCUGGCAGUGAAACACUCAGCAACUGAUGCUGCAUGCACCACCAUGCUACUGUAUAUGCGGGCCCUCCCCAUAUCUAAAUGUACACAUUUGGUACGCUUGUACAAACGAGUGAGAUCCAAUACACCAGCUGUAUCAUGAAUUCUGCCAUUACAAUAACGCUCACUUUUUUAUGGAAGCCCAUUUCCACCACUGAAAGAAAAAAAAUAUCCCAAUGGUAAGUCAUAAUUAUGACAUUAAACAUCAAAAUUAUGAGAUAAAAAGUGAAACUUAUGACAUGAAAAGUGAAAAUUAUGAGAUAAAAAGUCAUAAUUAUGAGAUAAAAAGUCGAAAUUAUGAGAUACACCGCCUUCUUCACUGGCGCUGUCAUCACAUGGCGCUAGGACGUGUCGGUCGCGAACGAAUAGGGUCUAACAAAGAAUAAAAGAAAGAAACCGGCUCGCGUCGUUGGGAGCCAAUUAGCUUUUUCCUAGUCUUUCUUUCUGUUAAAGACGAAUGUCAUUGGUACAAAUGUGUGGUGGCGUCUCUGUGUCCACACUGAGCAGGGGGAGGGGCGGGGUUAAACAUGCUGUGGUGCUCCUACAGACGAUUCAUUCCUUAUUUGGCCUAUUUUGACAUCAUUUGUUUUAUACAAUACAUAAAACUUAAAAGAAAAAAAUCUGAGAAGCCACUUAGACGGCUCUUUUUAGUGAGCCGAACUAAAAGAACCAGCUCUCUAAAAAGCGCCCAAAUUUCCAUCACUGCAUGGCACUCCGCACAUGCGCAGUUUCGUAUCUCAUAAUUUCGACUUUUCAUCUUUUAAUUAUGACUUACCAUUGGGAUUUUUUAAAAUUUAUUUCACAUAUAAACGAACUUCCAUAGUUUUUAAUAUGAAUAAACUUUUUUAACUGCUGUUUGUUUCUCUGACCGUAUUGCGGCGCUCCGCAGUUCCUUUGAGCCUGUAAACAGAGGCGUCGAAGGGGGGGAAUGUUUUUACAAAGGUUUGAAGAUUUGUUUACUUUAAACAUGUCAGUUAUUAAAACCGACGUCAUAAAUAGUGAGAUAAAAUACAUUUUGCCGUGAAACGUCAAUAAUGAGGAUGCUUUCAUCAACUCAAGUCGGUCUGAGACGUGCUACACCCACCUAGCAAAAAUUCUAAAUGGUUCGUUCCACUAGCUUGCACUUGCGCUCAACACAGACGUUGUAACGUCAUCAAAAAGCUCACCCUUAUACAUUCACACGCGGCGCCGGCGUUUGGAAGAAUAAUGAGGCGAUAGACAAUAAAGGGAAAAAAAUAAACGACUAUCUGUGACAGACAUGGUAGACAGUUACGGCUAAGUUUGCAUCUCCUAGCUAGCAUGUAACUGUGGUGCGUUUAAUGUCGUUAAAUAAAGUGCGAAAAACUGCUUUCAACCGAAUUCAUGCAAUAAUUCGUUUUUAAGCAGCGUAAACGUACUGAAUGUGUGUAUGGGGUGGGGAGGGGGACUUUUUUACAGGAACUCAGAGUUAGGUGCUAGAACCCUGGCUGUAAAUGUAUUUGCUGUGCGAAGACACACACACACACACACACACAAAGGAGGAGAAACAAUGUCAUGAAACUUAACCCAGGGGUGUCCAAACUUUUUCCAUUGAGGGCUGCAUACUGACAAAUCACAGGAUGGACGGGCUGCUUGGAUAGUUUACAUUUUGUAAACCAACCCAUGUAGAAAUGUUAAGAGGUUAUAUAUAUUUAAAGAAACUGUUUCUUGUAAUGUUAUGACUUUAUUCCUAUAAUAUUUAGACUUUAUUCUCAUAAUAUUAUAACUUUUUCCAAACCUAAUUUUCCAAAAUUUGCAGUUUUCUUGUCUGUCACAAUAUUACGACUUUAGAAAAUAACUUUUUUUUAAAUUUCAACUUUAUUAUUCUGAAAAUUACAUUUUUCUUGUCUGUCACAAUAUUACGACUUUAGAAAAUAACUUUUUUUUUUAAAUUUCAACUUUAUUAUUCUGAAAAUUACAUUUUUCGAAUGAUAAUGACUUUAUUCAUGUAAAAUUAUGACUUUACCCCGUAAUUAUGUUUUUUCUUUAUUCUUGAUUUUAUUUUGACUUUAUUAUUGUAGCAUUUUUGCUGCUGUUUUGCUGUUUAAUUGGAUUUUUUGGAUGUGUCGUGGGCCCAGUAAAAAAUUUUUUUUAAAAACCCAGCUGCGGGCUGCAAAUGGCCCCAACCCAACACUUAAAUAUCUUCAAAUGUCUUGCUUGCCUUUAAGUUGUUGUCAUGUGACUAACCCAGAACAUGGCUUUCCCAAAAUGGCGGUGUGUUAGUUCAACAAUGAAAGGUCAUUUUAGUCGGGUGUCAAACCUGUCAACACUCCCAUUUUUCCGGGGAAGCUCGCCAGUUUUGCCCAAGCUUGGUGAUUACAAUCACUAACUCCAAGACAAUGUGUGAAAAGCAGCUCAAACAAAAAUAGAAUAAAAAAGAUGCAAGGUUUCAUUUUUAUUGUCUCUCAAAUCAAAGUGUACAAAAGGCAUGCAAAAAUAUCUUUAUGUUUACAUAUAUAUAUAUAUAUACACACACAUGUAUAUAUGUACAUAUUUACAGUGAGGAUGUGCCAGGCUUCUGUUCAUUCAUAUAAGACGGGUAAAAAAACAACACAGAACGUCAACACUUCAUCAGGACAGUCAAGUACACAACAGCUCACACAUAAAUACAGUAGGACCCAUUUAGUCACCUUUUCCCCGCACACCUACUACCAUUUUCUCUCUCGCGAGGCUAAACAGAGUCGUGAUACCUCGCGCCAAUAACGCCAGUAACGUGACAUUAUUUCCACCUAAUAAGACGACAAGAGAUGCUGCCGGGUCAAGAUCUGCCUCAUCAUGCAGACAGAAAACACCGUUAGUCUACCUAACGUUCUUUGACAUGCAGGUUGUUCCAAUUGGAUCAUGCAAGAAGUUCCACCUUUUCCUCGAAUUGCUUUCAAUGCGGCGUGUGGGGCAUUUUGGAGCCCCACGGGGGUUUCGAUAAUUACACAUAUGGCCCCUCAUAGACUGACUGACACAUGCUGGACAUAGGAAUAAAGAGUUGAUGCAGUGCCCUCCAGAGGGGUUGGCACAGUGAGAUCAAUGCCAUUCAUCUUGCUGAAGACUGAAAGCGUUUGGGUUUGACAUCAAAAGAGAGCAACAACUUUUAGCUUUUUAGCUUUUAUUUCCAGGUAUUUGGGUCGGGAUCGGAUGCACACCUUAGGACAGGGGUGUCCAAACUUUUUCCAGCAGGGGCCGCAUAGUGAAAAUUGAAGUGUGCAACUUUUCCACUUUGGUAUUUUGUAAAGCAAAACACGUAGUAGAUAUGCUAAGAAGUUGUACGUGUUUCAAGAAAAAGAUGGGUGAAAAAGCCAAUUCUUAGUUUCAACUUUGCUCUUUUUUGCCACAUUUUUGCUGUUUUUUCUUCUGAAAUAAUCUUCAUAAAUUGUCUUUUUGUAAUAUUUGGACUAUAUUCCCAUAUAACUUUUUCCCCAACCUAAUCAAUAAAAUACAUCU